AGAGUCCUGUGUAGCCACGUUUGGCUGUGUUGUUGACUUCGGGUUCACCGUCGUGCCCCUUGGAACCUUGAGUCCUUCCUUUCAGAGUUCCUCCGUCACGUGGGCUUUGGGAGGGAACAUCGUAUCCGAACUCUCCCAGCACUUAACGGCCCCCAUGCCGGUGUCCCCUCUUUGGAAUCCUUAUUCAGCUCUGAAUUCACAAUCCGUCCCAAUGUGGACGUGGGAUCGCUGCCUGUGGCUUCAGCUCACUCACCGACAUCACUUCCUUUCCACCCACAGCUCAAGUGCAAAAACUGCGGGGCCUUUGGCCACACGGCCAGAAGUACCAGGUGCCCCAUGAAGUGCUGGAAGGCAGCCCUGGUUCCAGCGACCUUGGGGAAAAAGGAAGGGAAGGAAAACCUGAAACCAUGGAAGCCCCAGGUUGAAGCCAACCCGGGGCCCUUGAACAAGGAUAAGGGAGAGAAGGAAGAGAGACCAAGGCAACAAGACCCGCAGAGGAAGGCUCUCCUCCACAUAUUUUCUGGGAAACCUCCAGAGAAGCCGCUGCCGAAUCGAAAAGGAUCCACGGAAUCUUCUGAUUAUCUGAGGGUUGCAAGCGGGCCAAUGCCGGUCCACACAACCAGUAAGAGGCCGCGCCUGGGCCCUGUCCUCGCUGAUCGCUCAGCUACCGAAACGUCUGACAGGGGCUCCGUCUUGGCUUCGCCGUCUCCCCUCAGAAAAGCCAGUCUGAGCUCCUCCUCAAGUCUUGGACCAAAGGAAAGACAGACAGGGGCUGCGGCCGACAUCCCUCAGCCUGCAGUCAGGCAGCAGGGCCCCGAGCCUCUCCUCGUGGUGAAGCCGACACACAGCAGCCCUGAGGGUGGCUGCCGAGAAGUUCCCCAGGCUGCCUCCAAAACCCACGGCCUGCUCCAGGCCAUCAGACCCCAGGCACAGGACAAACGUCCUGCGGUGACCUCACAGCCCUGCCCGCCAGCCGCCACACACAGCUUGGGCCUAGGCUCCAAUCUCAGCUUCGGGCCAGGAGCCAAGAGACCUGCCCAGGCUCGGAUUCAGGCUUGCCUGAACUUCCCCAAGAAACCGAGACUGGGUCCCUUCCAGAUCCCCGAAAGCGCCAUCCAGGGAGGUGAGCUGGGGGCCCCGGAGAAUCUCCAACCUCCGCCAGCCGCAACCGAACUUGGACCAAGUACGUCGCCCCAGAUGGGCAGGAGGACACCCGCCCAGGUGCCCAGCGUCGACCGGCAGCCUCCGCACAGCAGACCUUGCCUGCCUACUGCCCAGGCCUGCACCAUGUCCCAUCACCCAGCGGCCAGCCAUGAUGGGGCCCAGCCUCUCACAGUGCUCUUCCGGAGACUGGAAAACGGACGCUGGAGCUCCAGCCUCCUGGCGGCCCCCUCAUUUCACUCUCCUGAGAAGCCGGGAGCCUUCCUCGCUCAGAGCCCUCAUGUGUCAGAGAAGUCUGAGGGUCCCCGUGUUCGUGUCCCACCGAGCGUCCUCUAUGAGGACCUUCAGGUUUCCUCCUCCUCAGAGGACAGCGAUUCUGACCUGGAGUGAGACUGCAGGUGGCAGGGGCUCCUUGGCCUCCAGCUCCCGUGACUUGGAGGGGACUGUGGGACUGAGGAGUGCAGAGCAGAGAGCAGACUCUGUGCGGUGACUCCGAAGCUCCCCGGCUGUGGCGCUUCUGUGGAUGUGGGAGCCCAGGCCAGGCAGGGAGCAGAUGCAGGGACUCUGCCUCAUUGAAUUCUGGUGAGGGACGUUGUAGUUCGCGUGGUUCUCCGGAAACGCGCCAGGAAAAGCUUCCGUGCCAGAGAUUCGUUGCCUCAGAAACUGCGUGACGCGCAGGAGUCAGACUUCCGCUGGGACGUCAAUAGGAAACUGGGGAAUUACUGUGUAUUUGCUCUCUAGAUGACUGAAUAAGGGAAAAGUUAGGGAACCCUGAGAGGUGCAGCCCUUCCGCUGUGCCCCGCCCUGAGAGCAGUGUUUCGGACGCUGGGAAGCGUGCUGUGCAGAGCGCUCUCGGGGUCUUUCCUCAGCCUCGAAAACUGGGCUGUGGAAUGCCUUUGUACAUGUGUGUGUUUAAUUGGUUUUGAAGUGAAUAAAAUUCU